UCAAUGUUACAUAAUAUACUCCAUGAGUAUACAGGUAAUAUAUUAAAAAUCUUUGUUUAACCUAUGAUUGUGUCUAUGACAGGAUUGACUGUCACUGACAGUGCGCGUUGUGGUGACAGAAUAUUUAUUUAGGCUUUACCUGAGAGUUAUUUAGAAUAAUUUACGAUGGCUGGUAAUUUUUGGCAAAGUUCUCACCACCAGCAAUGGAUAUUAGAUAAACAGGAUCUCGUACGAGAUCGUCAACUCGAUUUAGCUAUAUUGACAGAAGAAGAAUAUCAGAAAAUAUUCAACUUCUUCGCAAGCAUAAUUCAGGUUUUAGGAGAACAGUUAAAGCUUCGUCAACAAGUUAUAGCAACUGCCACAGUGUACUUCAAGAGAUUUUAUGCAAGAAAUUCGUUGAAAUGUAUAGACCCGUUGCUUUUAGCACCGACAUGUGUGUUCCUCGCUUCCAAGGUUGAAGAAUUCGGUGUUAUAUCAAAUUCAAGACUAAUAACAACAUGCCAAACGGUGAUCAAAAAUAAAUUUAGUUAUGCAUACGGACAGCAAGAGUUUCCGUACAGAACUAACCAUAUUCUGGAGUGCGAGUUUUAUCUGUUGGAGAAUUUGGAUUGCUGUUUGAUUGUAUACCAGCCAUACAGGCCUUUACUGCUGUUUGUACAAGAUAUAGGGCAAGACGAUCAAUUGUUGACAUACGCGUGGAGAAUCGUCAAUGAUUCCCUAAGGACUGAUGUCAGUUUACUCUACCCACCAUAUCAGAUUGCUAUAGCCUCUCUACACAUAGCCUGUGUGAUGCUUGGAAAAGAAAACCUCAAGCCCUGGUUUGCUGAACUGAAUGUAGAUAUGGACAAAAUCCAGGAGAUAGUGAGGUCAAUAAUAAAUUUAUAUGAAAUGUGGAAAAGUUAUGAUGAGAAGAAAGAGAUCCAAGCUUUGUUAGUAAAAAUGCCGAAACCAAAGCCUGCACCCCAAAGAUAGUAGUAGAUGAUACCUAUAAUAAUCAUAGUGUAUCUUUAAGAAAUUAGAUUGUCACAGUAAUGUAUAAAGAAAAAUGUUCAUAAUGGAUGUGAUUGGUUUCUGUAUGAUAUUAAGAAUUUUUGAACCAAUCUCAUUAGCUUUUAAGAAAAAGUUUCAUACCUACCGAUCCUGGUGUUAGUUUAUGGUAUGUUGACUUUUUGACUCAGAUUGUAUAGGGUUGACUACCUUAAAUUCAUCACAUUUAAGAAAAAUAAGAAUGUUUUAAUAGAGUAAAUGGAUGACAGGUUACAAUAAUUUCCAACAAAAUGAUUGGCAGGCACCACUGCCAUAGAGAAAGAUUUUUGCAGUUGGGAAAGCAAGGUGGUGCACUACAGGGGGUAUGGGAGCUUCUUGCUUCCACAAUUUCUUACUGAUGGUAAUCUUUGUAUUCAAAAAGAAGAUUAUACUGCUAUAAAUAAGCAAAUGUUUUGUAAAAUAAAAUCUGAGUAGUUGAAUAAGUACAAUAGGUGUAAUUUUAGUAUGUAUGAUAUUUGCCUUUGUAUUUAACAAAAGUAGAAUUAAAAUGUUCCUAACAAACAACUUCUCAACAGUAUUUUUGAAAAUUGUAUAUUUGUAAGUAAGUACAUGAAAUAAAUUUUGACAAUCAAUUGAUAAUAAUAUUAUUUCUAUAAAUACAUUAUCCAUGUCAGUUUGAAUUAAUAACUGGUAGAUAAAGAAGUCAAUUCUGAAUUAAAUUUACUUUUUUUUAGCACAAUGCUUUAAUUUACAUGCCUGUCUUCACUUUAACUUACUACAAUCCUAUUGCAUCUAUUUUCUCGUACCUGUUAACAUAUAAAAAAUGUUCAUUCUCUUUUGACACACUCCCUGGGGGAGCUACAAAAAAUAGUCCAUAUUUUUAUCAAAUAAUAUGUAAUUUUUGAUACAAUUAAGAGAUGAAAGAAUAGUCCAAAAGUAUUUAUUUCUAUGAACAGAUGUUUCACGAAGUAGGGUUUUAGUCAUAACACAAUCAGCUCCAACAUCAUGAUAUCUAAAGACUGUCAACAGAUUUAUCUGUAAAAAUGUUAUUAUAUUCUAUCAACAUUACGGUA